AUGGACGACGUCCUUGCACCACCACCAGCCACCACCACCACCACCACCACCGCGGGCUUAGAGCUCACAGAGCGCGACGAGGCCGGAAACAUCACUGCGGUCUUCACCGAGCUGGCUGACGGGGGACCUUUCACUGUCGUCGUACCGGAGGAUACAGUGUCAUACGCCCAGCGACUCCUCAACGUUUUCCUACCGGCCGGGUUUCCUGCGAGCGUGUCGGGCGACUAUGUUGGAUAUCAAAUCUAUGACUCGCUGCAAGCAUUUUCCUCGUCCAUUGCCGGCCUCCUGACAUCUCGGGCAGUUCUUCAGGGAUUCGGCGUCGGUGAUGCAAAUGCUUCCGCAACAGGCGCCUUGCUGCUCACUAUUGUCCAAGACAGUGUAAGCCGCCUCGCUACCAUCCUAUUCGCGUACCGAUUCGGCGUUGCCUUGGAGGCGGAAUGUAAGAAGUACCGCCUGGCAGCAGACGUAUUCAACGACUCAGCCAUGAUCUUGGACUGUUUGUCACCCGCGUUUCCAGGGCCUGUCAAGAUCGUAUUGCUGUGCCUGUCGGGGUCCCUGCGUGCGGCGUGUGGUGUGGCGGGAGGCGGCUCCAAGGCGAGCUUAUCAGUUCACUUUGCCAGGGCGGGAAACGUUGGGGAGUUGAACGCAAAGGACUCGAGUCAGGAAACCGUGAUUGGGUUGAUGGGUAUGUUGGCAGGAAGUUUCGUGGUCAGGCACAUCACCACGACAUGGGCGACAUGGGUGUCGCUAACGCUCCUUCUGGCGCUACACCUGGGGACGAAUUACAUGGCGGUCACCUCGGUAGCGCUGCGCACCCUGAACCGUCAGCGGGCCAAUAUCGUCUUCUCCAGGCUUAGCGACGACACCAGUGGCACCACCGGAGCCAAUAUGGUGACGCCUGCCCGGGCGGCCAGACUCGAGCGGAUAUUUGAGCGAGAUGGCGUGUUGCGGUGGAGGGAGUCGGAAGUGCUCGGGUUUGCGAGGAUCGGGGCAACAUUCUGCGAGUUGGCCGCCGCUAUUGCCUCCGGUGGAGAUGGGGGUGGUGGUGGUGGCUUCCCAACAGUGGGAGGAGGCGGACAUUCUAGAGCUCGAGGCGGGCUUUUUCCAUCCUCUCGACCGGCACCGGCAAUCAGCAUCCACGAUAUCGCCAAAGUGUUCCGAAAUGAGAAGCAUCUAUUGUGGUAUGAUGCGCGGAAGCGAGAAGUCACAAUUUGUCUUAAAAAUGACAUUACGUCGGAAGAGCAGCUAAAGGCCUGGGUGCACGCCCUGUUUGUGGCUAAAAAGAUUCGCCACCACCACCACCACCACCACCACAACGACAACAAUAGCGAGAAGAAGUCGUCGUCGUCGUCGUUGUCGCCGCCGCUCACAAACGAGGAGAUACUCGGUGUGAUUGAAACCACAUUAUUCGAUUUGGGCACGUCGUUUGCGACGACUGUUGGGCAGCUGAGGGCGGUGGGAUGGGACCUGGGUACGGCAGCUCUCGAAACAAAGCCCGGAUAUCGGGUUGGCAUAUGCUCCAUAGACGCAGGGAAGGACAAGGAUGAGAUCAGAUCUGGGGGGGACGAGGCAAAGAAGGAUAUAUGA